UUUAGGGGCACCUUAAAAUGGGCGCUGAGCUAAUUCGGAUGGUGAAGGGGAUCUUUCCAGCAAGUCACAUGUGACAGGAACUGCAGUAGACCCGCUGUGGCUUUGCAAGUGUUUAGAAUAUGCUGCUCGAUGGAGGGAGAUGCAGCUGGUGAAUGUCAUUGGCCGGUGGGGUUAAAAACAUCCAGAGGGGAAACUUAGAGGAUCCAUCAGCCAUGAAUGUAACUAAAGGUGGCCUGGCGCUGUUCUCUGCCAACUCGUGUACAGCCUACACAGAAUUGGCCAGGAAGAUUUCAGAGCGACUUGGCGUAGAACCGGGUAAAGUUCAAGUCUACCAAGAAGCUAACCGAGAAACAAGAGUACAGAUUCAGGAGUCUGUCAGAGGAAAGAACGUGUUUAUUAUUCAGACCGUUUCAAAGGAUGUCAAUACCACCAUUAUGGAACUUCUUAUUAUGAUCUAUGCCUCUAAGACCUCGUGUGCCAAGAAUAUCAUCGGUGUAAUCCCUUACUUCCCAUACAGCAAGCAAUGUAAAAUGAGGAAACGAGGCUCCAUUGUGUCCAAGCUUCUGGCAUCCAUGAUGUGCAAAGCUGGCUUGACUCACUUGAUUACAAUGGAUUUGCAUCAGAAAGAAAUCCAAGGAUUUUUCAAUAUUCCAGUUGAUAACCUGCGAGCGUCCCCAUUCCUGUUACAAUACAUUCAAGAAGAGAUCCCAGAUUACAGAAAUGCGGUCAUUGUUGCGAAGUCCCCAGCAUCUGCCAAAAGAGCACAGUCUUUUGCUGAGCGGUUACGUUUAGGAAUUGCAGUGAUUCAUGGUGAAGUGCAAGAUGCAGAGUCAGAUUUAGUAGAUGGCCGACAUUCGCCACCUACAGUGAAAAAUGCAGCAGCCAUACACCCCAGUCUGGAAAUCCCUAUGGCCAUUCCAAAGGAAAAACCUCCAAUCACAGUCGUUGGAGAUGUAGGAGGAAGAAUAGCUAUUAUUGUGGAUGACAUAAUUGAUGACGUUGAUAGCUUUUUAGCAGCUGCAGAUACGUUGAAGGAGAGGGGAGCUUACAAAAUCUAUGUAAUGGCAACCCACGGUCUUUUGUCAUCUGAUGCGCCCAGGUUGAUAGAAGAAUCAGCAAUUGAUGAGGUGGUAGUAACCAAUACAAUCCCGCAUGAAAUCCAGAAACUCCAGUGCCACAAAAUAAAGACCGUUGACAUCAGCAUGAUCUUGUCUGAGGCCAUUCGCAGAAUCCACAAUGGUGAAUCAAUGUCAUAUCUAUUCCGAAAUAUUGGUAUGGAUGAUUGAAAUGGUGUUCCCUAAGGCCAACUCGAAGUGUACCUUUACUUAACUUGGCAAGGAAGUGUCGUGAUUCACUGGUGCAAAACCUUAAGUUUCUAUAAAAAGAGGCCAACUUUGUAAAGUGAAUUUUUAGGAAACAAUGCUGAAUAUGAAGACUUAACUAUAUGAUACUUCAGAUUUCCUUGCUAUUUUGUAAGCUCAGAAGUAUGACCAAAAUCCCUCUUUGUUUUAAUUGCUUUUGUAUUUAGGAGUAUUGUACUGUGUUUUGCAUAUCGUAACUACAUUUUUGCUCUCGAAGAUAAUCUGCUCCAGGCUGAGAUGGCAGCACAAUAAAGAGUAAUAAACAUAAAUACGUGAAAUAGCCAA